AUGGCACCGGGUAGCCCUGAAGAGGAGAAGCUGGAGAUGGGCGGCUUUCUUGGUGGUGUGGCAGCGUAUCACGUCCUUUGUGGUGGGUUGGUGGUUCUGGCUGUCUCGAACUCCUGGAUUUCCUCGCAUGCAGGAGGAGGCGUUGCCUGGGAGUUGUGGGCAAUCUGGCAGCAGCUUUGCUUAUGGACCUUGUUCCUUCAGAACUUGCUGCGAUGUUGCAUGGUCGACGCGGAAGCUUUAGGUGCAUCUACAUGGAAGGCGGUGCUUCUCUACACCGUCCCAUGCGUCAGCGACCUCUUCGAUACCAUGAAGGACUGGCUCAUCACUGGCAUUUGCUUUCUGGAGCCGAGGGCUAUCUGGGGCUUUCCGGUAGGAGCCAUCUUGGUUUCGCUGGAGCUCACUCUCCUCCUUGCAGGUCGCCUUCCCCGCAUCCCAUUGCAUGAGGAGAUUUCCUUGAGCUUGCCUCUCCUGCCUCUGCAAGUGCUCUUUGCUCUGGCAAGCCUUUCCUUGGCAGCAGGGCCGGGGUGUGUGCGGCUCUGGGCAACGCUGUAUGCCAACCUGCGCUAUGGGCUCUAUUCCUUCGUCGUGCUUCCCGCGACUGUACUUCUCUACGCCCUUCGGAGCCUUGCAGCUUUGCUCCUGUUGGCGCUCCAAUGGCUGGCCUGCGUGGUGGCAUUUCUUGUAAUGGCCAUCAUUGACAUUCCUGUCCUUGUGGUUUCGAUCUUUGACUCCUCACUCAUUCGGUCCUCUGUAAGCGCGGAGCGCAAGUGCCUGAACACUUAUUGCAGCAUGGCCUGGUACCAGCCCGGUGAGUGGUUCAACCAGACCAACACUUCUGUCCACUCGAAGUCUUUGACGGUGACAGAUGUCGACAGCAUGUCGCAAGAGCAGAGUCAGGACAUGGAGGGCUGGAUGCAUGGUGUUUAUGUCCACCUUGCAGAUGGUGGACUCUUGUGCAUUUUUUCUCUUUACGUCGUCAUCUAUUCGUACCUGCAGGUUUUAGCACACGAGGAUGGCAAAAGAGAUCUGCGAAAGAGCUUUGGGCCGAUUCUGGAGCUGCGCAGGCCCCCGCGGCCUGUGGCGGAAAGAUGCCCGGAAUGGAGCGUGAGGUCGGCAGGGAACUUGUUUGUCGACUUCCUCAGCAGCUCUCGUUUGUUGAUGGCUUGGACCCGCGAUUGGCCGCAGGUGGUUAUCGGUUUGGUGCUGGUGUGGCGGUAUAACCUCCAACACCACCACGAUGGCUUCGGCCUGGCUGGCAUCUCCACCAUCAUCAGCCUCUGCAAAGGGCUCCUGAUCCCCUCUUUCCAGGCCUGCCUGUGCCAAUGGCAGGAGAACAGGGCGCUGGAUGCACUGGAGGUCCUGAUCAGCUGGGAGAGGCUUCCAGCGCUGGCACGAAAAUUGGACCAAACCUUCUCCAGGAUCCGACGACCAGAGGUGGAACAAAAGCUGCAGACCUUGGUGGCCAAGCAGUCUGCGGAAGUUCUGCAGAGGUUCAAUGUUACAGAGCGCAGCCUCUUCCGCCCUGUGGUCUCCGCUGUUGAGCAGUGGAUGAGCGACUGCCUCCCACUGGAGUCUGACCAAGUUCAGGAGGUGACUGUUCACCUGCUGGCCAUCUAUGUGGGCAAGGGCGCCGCAGCAGAGGAGCUGUCAGCCGCCGGAUAUCCUGCCUUGGAGGUGCUCUUGGCGUGCAGGCUGCUGGGUCGCUCCUGCAGCGACUGCAGAGACGAGGGGCUGGUGACUACAACGGCCAUGUGCCGAGAAGCGGGCUACACCUGCAAGGAGUGUACCCAGGCAGGCUUCACAGUGCGCCAGUGCCGGGUAGGCGGCUAUUCCUGCAAAGAAUGCAGAGAUGCAGGGCUGCUGACUACUGUUGCCUUUUGCGAGGCGGUUGGCUUCAGCCUGGAAGACUGUCGCGCUGCGGGCUACACCGCCGAGGACUGCCGCGACGCUGGCGCCUCUGCGGCUCGCUGCAGGGAUGCCGGCUUCACCGCCCGGGAGUGCUUGCUGGGUGGGUUCAGCCAAGCGGAGUGUCGGGAGGCCGGCUUCCGUGACGUGGAGAGAUGGCAGCAUCUUUAG